CCCCUAUAGACAUGGUUACUAGUAUUUUCUUGUUUUUACCUGGUAUUAUUAUUUCCGACACCCCUUGAACACACUUUGAUUUUCCGUAGUUCAGUGAAUGCAACAAAAGCACGUUGCUGCAUUAAGCUAGGCAAAACGGAGCAAGACACCCGAGAGCAAUUAACAAGCUACACAAGGCCUUUAUGUGUUUUACUCUCGACCAAAACCAGGCAGAGCGUGUAUUUGUUUCUUGGGAAUUCCGACUGGUUUUUUGUGAUCCUGGAUCUGAAGUGGUUCUGGAUAUGGAUGGCGAGCCAGACCCUGUGAAAACUCUUGGCGAAUCCAAAAGCAGUGUGGCCAGCUGUUCUGGAUGCAGGAGUAGAGCUACAGUCUGAAUUACUUCGAAUCGCAGGAUUUCAGAUAAGCAAGAACAAAAACUGCUUACUUGAUACGGAUUGUUUCUCUGGGAAACAGUUGAACUCCCAAUAUCCUGCUCAUCAGGAGUCAGGUCUAAAGAGACUACUUAUUUUAUUUUAUUUUGUUGUUAUUUUCAAAAGAGCGCUCUUCUCUGUUGAUUUUCUGUUAAUUUUCUAUGCUGUUUACAUUGGGUUAUUGCACCACUGUAACAUUGUAAUAAAUCUGCCGGCUGUUCAACACUCAAUUCUCUCAAAUUUAUUUUACUCCUCUCGAAUCUAGUCUAUAAGUUUAAUCCUACUAUACUAAGCAGGUGUUACAUAAAAGUGGCGAGCUAGCCAGGAGGAGUUUGGCUAUUUAAUGCCUUUAAUCCAAUCAUUGGCACACAGUUGGCAGUUUUAUGACAAUUUUUGCUCAUUUUCCACUGAAGUAACAUGGAUGUCAUUGAACGUGAACGUAUCAAGGUACCAAAUGCUGUACUAAUCAAUGGGUUUUCUGGUACAGAGACUGAUGAAGAAGUUGUUAAGUUUUUGCAACACUAUGGUUCUAUUGCACGGACAGUGAAAAUUGCUAGUUCUGACCUUGACUUUAAAGAUACAGUUAUAGUUGAGUUUGAGUAUGGCACAGCCAUUGAAUCGAUUCAGGGUGAACUACCCUGUCACAGAACAACAUCUGACCCAAAUGUAGUUCACAGCAUCCAACUCUUAUCCCCAAUUUACAGUGCUAAGCUAAUGGCUAGUACUAAAGAGUCUUACCUUUCUAAUUUAAAGGGUAUUGCUAAGGUGAGUGGGGUAGAUUAUGAGAAAAUGCUACUCAGUGAACUUAGCAAACUUCAGGCCUCUGCUGGGGAAAGGGAGGGUACAGCCCCCUCUAAGGUCAUUUCAGUAGAUGACCCAGUCCCUUUAAUACCUGGUUCUGUUUUGAGACGACCAAGCAGUGAAACUAUCCCACCCACUGUGACCACUGACACCAUCAACCCUUCCCUUACUGACAGACCAGCUCCUAUUUUGAACCCUGAACACUUGACCACACCUGAAGUCCAGAGGGUCAUUGUGGAGCACAUUGUCAAAAGUACUGACAUGUCCCAAUCCUAUCCAAGCUCUGCAAAACUCAGGUCCUUUUCUGGAAAAACUCCAUGCCCUAAUACGGAGGUUGACUAUGACACUUGGCGAAGUCAUGUUGAGUUUUAUCUUGCAGAUUCUUCUGUUCCUGAAAGACAAGUAGUACGGAAGAUCAUUGAUAGCCUCUUACCGCCAGCUGCAAACAUUGUUAAACAAUUGGGUCCCUUGUCCAGCCUCAAAGACUUUUUGAGCUUGUUUGAUUCUGCAUAUGGAACUGUAGAUGACGUUGAUGAGCUGUUCGCAAAAUUCUUGAGUACAAACCAAAAUGCUGGCGAAAAACUUCA